UUUUUAGAACGAUUAUGAAGGACAAACGUGCACUCGAAAAAGAUACUUAGUUUGUUAGUGUUGGUCCACCUAAAAAGUAUUUUUAAUAUGUAUAUGUAUAUGCUGAUAAACGUAUACCGUUUCGAUACGUAUACUUUUAUGCCAUAAUUUUCAAGUUGUCAUCAAGUUCGAGAAACGGUAAAUAUGGCUGAUGAAAAACUGGUAAAUCAAGUGUGCUCUGAAAGAUUUCAACAAAGAACAAAAAGUAAAUAAAGCGGAUGAUAGAAAAGAGUCUUUGACAGCUACGACGGACGAGGAAAAUUUUGAAACGUUAGAAGAUGCUUGGACUGCAAAUAUUACCGAAGGAGCUGUUGACCAGUUUAAGGAGAAUCUACAGGAUUUAAUAAAUAAUGGUGUUCUAAAGGAUUGCAACAAAGGCCAGAAGGUAGGUAAAGUAAGCGAGAAAAAGAAAUCUUUGACGCCUGGGACGGACGAUGAUACUUUCGAAACAUUAGAGGAUACCUGGUCCGCGGACGUCAUCGAAGAAGCUGCCGAUCAAUUCGAGGAGAAUAUACAAAAUUUAAUUAAGAAUGGAGCCGAUAGCGAAUUGGGUGCUUCUUUAAAAAGAAUGGCACAAACACUUUCGAGCGUAGUAUCGGACGAAGGUAACACCGAUAAAGGCAGCGCAAGUACAGAUUUCGAAAGUGUUAUCGCUCAAGCAUUAAACGAUUUGUCUGCAACAUCCGAAACGUUACAGAACGAAGCUGAUAUUUCGGAAAUGUUUGGGCAAGUAUCUCUGGAUGAUGGACCCGGUGGUAUUCUACCGAUCAUGCAAGGAAUGCUGCAACAUUUGCUGUCCAAAGAAAUUUUGUAUCCGUCGUUGAAAGAAUUGGUAGAUAAGUAUCCUGAAUGGUUGGAAGGAAAAAGAUCUUCGUUAUCGGACAACGAUCUACAAAGAUUUAAUAAACAAUUAGAAUUAAUGAGACAGGUGUGUACCGAAUUGGAAAAUGAAAAAGACGAAGAUACGAAAGAAACGAAAAAGAAACGUUUCGAGACUGUGACGUCGCUGAUGCAAGAAGUACAAGGAUGCGGACAAUUACCGGAAGAACUUGUGGGUGAACAAACAAUGCCUUUUCAACUCGAUGCAGAAGGAGAUCCUAUUAUUCCAGCGGUACUCCGCGGCAUGGAUUCGUCGCAAAAUUGUCAAUUAAUGUAAACGAUAAACAAUUCUUCGAAAUCAUUUCACAGGAAGAAGAAUCAGUCUAAACCCGUAUAGGGGCUUGUAACACAAAAAUAUUUUAAACGUGUAAAUUUUAAUUGUACGUACAGCCGGUGAUGUAUUUAAUACAGAACAAUACUAUUCCCGUUGAUAAUAUUACGAGGAAGGAUUCGAGUCAGCAAAUGAAUUGAAAUGCGCGCAAGCGUGCUGUACGAUUUACAAUUUGUACAUAGAUACUACAUAUAUGUGUGUACAUAUAAGUGUCCACACGCAUACAAAGUUACUAGAAUGGAAUUAUGUUGAAUCCCGCGUUUUGUAAUUGUACGUUUUAACUUGUGGGAAAUAAGAUUCCGUUGUUUUAAAUGAUAUUUUAAUAUAUUAUAAAAUCUGUAAUAACUCAA